AUGGCCAAAGCCAAAGCUCCCAAGGAAGGGAAGAACUCAAAAAGCCAUAUUAAAGCACGACUAGAAUUUUUACAUCGUGCUGCAGAAUAUCUCCAGAGCGUAUCGAAAUCUCCCGAUCAAGCUGAAGUAGCUACCACUGGUGACUCAACUGUGGUCGAUAACGGGGCCCAUGAGCCAUUCACACCUCAAGACGCAUCAUAUGACACGGGGCAGUUGAUAUCUACUUCUAAGAACCAGCACACUUCCAAGAAGACACUGUCCAACCUGUCCAGAGUAUCAAUAUCUCAUAUGCGCGGGGUAUCUCUGAAGACACAAACUCGGCUACCAGUCCCGGUGAAGCGAUCCCACUGCAAGCGCUGCGAUACGCUUCAGCUUCCAGGAGUCAAUUGCACGCGUGAGGUGACCAAUGCCAGUCGUGGACGCAAAAAGCCGUGGGCCGACGUGCUAGUCGUGCACUGUCUCGUUUGCGGUACUGAAAAGCGGUUUCCUCAGACAGACCGGAAAAGCACGAAGCUGAAGCAACGAAAAACACAAGCCUCAGCUUCAGCCACAGGAUCAGGAUCAGGAUCAGGAUCAGGUUGA